AUGCGAUCAUCGCCUGGAGCGGCUCUUAAUGCAAUUCUGGAUCUAACGCCCCUUGAUCUUUACUUAGACAAGGAGGCGAAGGCUAGUUUGUAUAGGAUUAAUGGUCAGGGAAGUUUGAGCUUGCUUUUCUAUAGAUUGAGAUCCAUGCUUGAAUCAAUCAAGGAAACACCGGUCUUAUGCAUGAUCUCAGAUAUCAUGCGUCCACUAUGUACUUUUAACAAAAAGUAUACAGUGGAACUACCCCCCAGAAAAGACUGGCUGAAAGGACAAGUCAUCUUUGAGGUCGGUAGCCUUAUAUGGUUUACCGAUGGGUCAAAAAAGGGCCUCAACGUAGGCUUUGGAAUUUAUGAGGAGAGACCCAAAUUCAAACUUAGUAUGAAUUUGGGUAGAUUCACCUUUAUCUUCCAGGCAGAAAUUAUCGCCAUACUUCAGUGUGCGGAAAUCAAUCUGCAAAAAUACUACGUUAAUCAUAUAAUCUAUAUUAACUCUGAUAGUCAAGCAGCACUGCUAGCGCUGAGAUCAAACUUGGUGAACUCGAAGCUAGUUGGAGACUGCGUGAACAGCCUAAACGCAUUGAGAGGUAAUAACAAGGUAGUUUGGGUUCCGGGUCAUGCGGGUAUUGUAGGCAAUGAAACUGCCGACAAGAUCGCACGGGAGGGCUCAAACAGUACAAAAUUUGGACCCGAGACAUUUUGUGGAAUCUCAAAAAGCCUCGCCUGA